GUCACAUUCUCUGCAGGAGCGUGCUAGUCACUGAUCGAAGACAUGGGCUCUGCACUUAUCUCCACAAUCAUCAGAUUCUUGGUCCUAUUAUCAAUAACUAACGUGACAGCAACAACUGGAACAUUGAAGUGUGAGAAUGGCGGGAUCUCGAAUGGAGCGACAUGUACUUGUCCUGAAUUUACUUACGGAGCUGACUGUCAAAACAUCAAAGACAUAAUUGAAAUAGGAAAGUAUUUUGAUGUCACAAUGAAAGUGGAGCUGACAUUGAAUUACACUUACACCAGUAAUCUAAAUAAUACAUCUUCUGAAGAGUAUAAAGAAUUUAUAAAAGUGUAUAAUGAUAUGUUGAAAUCAUUAUUCGAUCGACCUAAUGGGAAUAUCACAGUUCUGGUACUUAGCACUGACAAUGGUUAUGUGAAGGUGAGAAAUAAUGUCACCUUGACCCUACAAUAUAUCAAUACUCGCAACGUGCUGGAGCAGUAUGAAGAAAACUACAACGAUGUCAAGGCAGUGAUAGAGAACAACAAGUGCACAUCACGUACUCUGUGUAUUAAGAGUUCCUCUACCGAAGCUAUCCUUCCCCUCAGCGAACAUGAGAGAUGUGGCGAAAAGAUCUCACCACGAUUUAUACAAUUCUUUGACCCAGUGGUUUCUGAAGGCAGCCUGGCCUGCAUGUCAAAGUGUUUGCCUAGCUCCCCUAACUACUUGAAUUGUAGUUCUGGCAGCUGUCAAAUAAAGGAUGAAGAAGGACCUCAGUGCUUUUGCCCAAGAACAGAUCUGUACAUAUAUAUAAACGCCAGAUGUGAAGGAGCCAUAUUAAUAGCUGCAUUGUACGGGGGAGUAGGGGCUGCUAUCGGAGUACUGGUGAUCAUCGGUGUGGUCUUAGGAGUAUUCCUGUACAGGAAAAAAUAUUACUACUAAGCGAGUAGUUUGGACUUUACGCCUCGUGUUGUCCUCCUUCCAUUGAGUGACUAAGAGUGUUCUUAAAGAUGCUAUCACUGAAUGGGGCCGAAGAAGAUAAACAGGUUGUCUGGCCAAUUAAAACUGUUUAAAAUUGGCUCAGAGUGAUGAAAGCAUUAUAGGAAGUCAUAAUUGCGUCAACAAACUCCCGGAUGAUGCUCCACAGUACUCUGCCGGUCUGUACUACCUGGUCCCUCUGGAUAUACAUGGAAAUGACUGUACAGCCAAACAAUGAUCACAGUGAUUGUCAGAACCAUAAUUUCCUGUGAGACUCAUGGAAAAAAAAUAAGUCUCUGGAAAACCCCUUUAAGUUAAUAGGAACUCAAAAAGUUGAUAAAAUGAUAAAAACCUGUGUAAAAUGGUAAAGCAAGAUGGCUUGUACAUACCGUAAUUCAUUAAUCCAGGUAUUCUUAUAAACGAGCAAGAGCAAAAGCAGAAGACUUGGUAAAGAGAACCAACUACCGAGAUACUUAGUAACCUGUUUUUCUAUAAGUAAUGUAAAAUGUAUGUAUUUUUUGAUAAUCCAAUGAAUAUGAUAACCAUAACUAUACCAGCAAUGGAAUAUUCUAAAGUAGAAUUUUAUUCUGAAACACCAUUGUAUAUUCCAUCUAUGGAUAUAAUCUACAUAAAAGUUGAGUUACUUGAGUAAAUACAUUGUAGUACGUUAGUACGUACCUAAUCCUGGGUUCCAUGUUAAUACAGUCCACUGCUGUGUCCACUAGUUGCUACUGGUAUAACCUAACAAUUUGUUGUCAGCGUAACCUCCUACUUCUUAUACAAAAUUCUGACCUGACUCAGCAGGGCAUGCUGAGAUUCGAUCCCAGAACUUUAAAAAAAAUGCGCUCUUCGACUACAGGUUGUAACUUUUUUUUUAAAACCCCAUCCAUAUUGUGAUAUCCAACUAAAAUGAAAAGAAUGUGCUGUUUCACUAACAUCUUAAGUGAAAUUAGCAAGGACCUCGAGCCAAGAGACUUGAACUCACAAUGGACUAGAAAUUGUAACACAGCACAAAAGUUACCUAAAAACGACCCUGUUGUCUGAAAAUAUUCCUCUAACAUCUUUUAAGUUUUCUGAACGUGAACCAGCAGAACAUGUAGAGACAUAUGAACUCAGAACUUUGAUUAUUGUUAUCAAAAAUAAUGAGACCACCUUGAAACGGACCUUUUGUUUCUCCUAGAAAAACCAGAUGAUUCCUUAUACUUAAUGACUUCUCUAGCUACAUUGCAACCAGAUGUUCCCCAGUGCUGGAUCUCAACAAGCAGAUACCUCAGAGCG